UUUUUUUCUGGGUGCAUCGGUUUAUAACUUUAUAUCGUAAUGAGCGUAAAUUACGUUAUAAGAAAGCUGAAUUUAUUUCUGUGAAAGUGAAGAGUUUUUUUCUGGAAAAAAAAGAUAAAAAAAAAUUUAAGAUUUUUUUCUUUGGUUUAAAAUCCGAUAAAAGAAAACUGGUUCACUGAGCGUUAAGUUACUCAUAGUGGGUUGCAGAGGACAUCAGAAUGCUAAGGUUCGAAUUGGUGCGAAGCUUUGCGUGUUUUAAAAUCGUGAUAAGUUAGUUCCGCAGUUAGCGCAAUUUUAGGAACCGUAGCAUAACGUGGAAUAGGUGUAUAUAGAUAGGUAUAGAAGCACUGCAGGGCUGUAAGCGAUAUAUAUGAUACGUGGCUUGUAUAGACAGCAAAAUGUAUAAUUUUGUAUCAGAUAGGUGGGGUAAGAUUAAACGUGUUUUUUUAUGUUAUAAAAGCGAAUUUUUACGACUCUGACCGUUUUAAAUUAAUAAAAUAUUUGGAAACAUUAUAAAAAAUUAACCGUAGCAUAAUAGGUGUAUAGAUAGGUAUCUAGAAUCACUGCAGGGAUAAAAGUACGUGUUUUGUAUAGACAGCGAAAUGUAUAAUUUUGUAUCAGAUACGGUAUAGGUUGGGGUAAGAUAGGCCGUGUUUUUAUGUUUUAUCUGCCUAUUUGUAGUAAACGAAGAAUAUUUAUAGAAUUAUAUAAUCGUAUACGACUUGUAAAAGGGCGUUGUAAUUGUUACAAACACGAUUAGGAAAUAUGGGAUAUUAUGUGCUAACGUUAUCCAUCUUACCCCACAGUACUAUUUGCGCAAUAUUGAAUAUACUGUUUGCUGUAAACAUUGCUUUACGCUCUGAAUAUUAACAAAGUUGUAUUUUUAGAUAAUAAUAAAAGAAAACGACAAAAUUUAAAUAAUUAAGUUGAAUUUCAAGUCCAAACUACGAACAUUAUGCGCAACCUUGAAAAAACUGACGUCAUUCGGUCAGGGCAAUUCCAGGAAUUACUCUCUCGUUUUGAGGCUUGUAAGAUAUAUGCGGAUAGUGAAACGACACUGGACACUUUAGCGCAUGUGACCGCCAAUCUCGGGGAAGAGUCCGGUGGGAAAAUUGAGCCUGUAAACCCGGAAGUAAUUUAUGCGGACCCGGAUGAUGAAUUUUCGGCAUCGGAAAGCGAAAAUGGCGAAAUGACGGACUACAGUCGAUUGGUUGAUAUAAAAAUAGUUGGAAUUCACAAGCGAAGAGUCCCGAAAAGAUCAUUUUAUUUCGUGAUCCUAGCAAGUUGGGAUGAUGAUAGCAGCAUCACUUUGUAUCGAAAGUGGAAAGAAAUAAAAGCAUUCCAUGAUGCGCUUGUAAAAACUCUCAAAGUAAAUUCUGAAUCGGAAGAAGCAAAAUACUUCCUUAACAAACUGCAUCGAAAGUCGUCGAAACACAACGUAAUAACUUGUAACGGCACAAUGCGAAGACUGAGGAUGUUAGAUGCUUUGAACCAGUAUUGCCAGGCGAUUCUGUAUUAUGACCAAGUUGCCGACGCGUCGUUCGUUCGAAGGUUCUUUCAUCCGACCAACGAGGAUUUGAACGUUUCGAAUUGGAGUUCAAGCGGUCGUACUUACUUCUACGUCACAAACGCUACACUCAGUGACGACAGUGGGACGCAAAACCACGUGAUCGAAGAUGAACCAAUCAGUAGCGAGGAUUCUUCAACGAGUGAAGAUGACGUCAUGAAACGUCAUUCGGCAUUGAAACGUAUAUCAUCAUCAGCUAUGUCAUUAGCGUCGACGGGAUGGUCGUCUCGCUCCACCCUAAAUAUUACGUCACCAAUCGAACCUGAGGUUUGCGUAGCUGUGGAAGAUCACGUGACUGACGUAGACGAUCGACGUCAGAACGUCAUGUCGCUCAGCGUUGGGGAAAAAGUGGAAGUGUAUACCAAAAGUGACACCGGUUGGUGGUUCGUAAAGAAAGAAGGCAGUGACGUCACGAAAGAGUUUGGAUACGUGCCAGCCAGUUAUUUAGUCCCUGCGGCCGAUUUUGGGGGGAAAUCUGAGAUUACACAAAUGCCUACAGCGUACAAGCCUACAAACCAAAGGCGGUUUCGAGAUUUAGCGGAAAGCGAAUCUUCUUUCGUGUCUGAGCCCUCACUUGUCAAUCUUAAUUCUCACCAACCAAUCAGAGCGUCGGGAUCAUUAGGCUCCGCCUACCAACUGACGUCAUCAUAUUCAGGAGAUAAAAACAACAAUAUAAAACGAAAGCCAAGUUCGGACUUUAUCAGCGUCAGAGCUCAUACUGCCCAAGGUCCAGACGAGUUGAGUUUUGGUGAAAAUGCCAUUUUGAAAAUCUUAAAAGUAAACGAAGACGGUUGGUGGCUGGCAAGAUACAAAGACAAAAAUGGAUUAGUUCCAGGCGUUCAUCUUCGUAGAUAUAACGAUCCGAUCCGACGUCUAAGCAUGGAAGUUUUAAACUUCGCUUAAUAAAUAUUAUCGUGUUUU